AGUAAAAAAGUAGAAGAAGAAGAAGAAAAAUGGAAGAUACGAAGAAGAAAAAGAAGAAGAAUAUUAACAACAACCAAGAUUCCAAGAAAAAAGAGCGUCAUAUUGUUACUUGGUCACAAGAGGAAGAUGUUAUACUAAGAGAACAAAUUACUAAACAUGGAACUGAAAAUUGGGCGAUCAUUGCAUCAAAGUUCAAAGACAAAAGCACAAGACAAUGCAGAAGAAGAUGGUAUACAUACUUAAACUCUGAUUUCAAAAGAGGAGGUUGGUCCCCUGAAGAAGAUAUGCUUUUGUGUGAGGCACAAAGAGUUUUUGGGAAUAGAUGGACUGAGAUAGCAAAGGUGGUUUCAGGCAGAACGGAUAAUGCUGUGAAGAACAGGUUUACAACACUUUGUAAGAAGAGAGCCAAGCAUGAAGCUAUGACUAAAGAGAACAACUCAAACAACAAAAGAAUGUUGUUCUUAGAAGGUAUCAGUACACCGCGAAAAUCCGAGAAUGAAACUCCUAUUGCUAAGAAAAUGAGGAGAAGUCAGAUUCUAGAUCUCACAGAGAUCAGUAACUAUGGAAAGGCUGUGUCUUGUGUGAAUCAGCAGAUAAGAUCUCCAUUUUCGGUAUUAGCGCGAAAUGCCACGGGUAUUGAUAGCUUGGAAGAACACAAUCAAACAAGCAAUGUGAAUGAGAGCGAUAGUGAAGGGAUGUUUCUUAAGAAGGAUGAUCCGAAAGUGACAGCUUUGAUGCAACAAGCUGAACUUUUAAGCUCCUUGGCGCAGAAAGUUAAUGCAGACAACACAGAACAAAGCAUGGAGAAUGCUUGGAAGGUUCUUCAGGAUUUCUUGAAUAAAGGCAAGGAGAAUGAUUUAUUCAGAUACGGAAUACCUGAUAUCGAUUUUAAAAUCGAGGAAUUUAAGGACCUUAUAGAGGAUUUGAGGAGUGGUUAUGAAGACAAUCAGCCAUCUUGGAGGCAACCUGAUCUCCAUGACUCACCAGCUAGCUCUGAGUAUAGCUCAGGAUCAACCAUCAUGCUGGAUCAGUCUAGUGACAGAACACAACUAUUCUCCGCUGAUACUCAGAUAGAACAUAAGCAAGUUGGAGAGGAGUUGCUCGUCCCGAAAAAUCCUGAUGAAAAUAUGCCCAUCUCGGGAGAAGAAAAGUUCAGCUCGCCUAUUCAGGUCACGCCAUUGUUCAGAUCUUUGGCAGACGGUAUCCCAAGUCCACAGUUCUCUGAAAGUGAGAGGAGCUUCCUGUUGAAAACACUCGGGAUUGAGUCCUCAUCUCCAUGUCCAAGUGCUAAUCCUUCAAAACCACCCCCUUGCAAAAGAGUCCUUCUCCAUAGCUUGUAAACCAACCAACCAUCUCUCUCAGACCCAAAAGUCCUAAACCGCGGUUUUGUCUCCAUGGAGACGUAAUUUUUUCCCACUUUUGCUUAGAUUUCAAUUUAGGUUUUGCAGCCAUAUAUAUCGGCCUGGAAGUUUUUGUGAAGCGGGCAUGCCAUGAUCUGCAUUCCUCCCUCAAGGUUUUUUAAGUUUCUUUCUUGAUCCUAGAAUGUUAACGGUAACAUUUCUAGCCCCGUCAAAGAAAGCACUCAAGAAUCU